AGGCACUCGUGACGUUUGUGGCUCCUGUGAGUCAACCCUCAUGAAGAUGUGGCCUCCAGAUUUAACUUUUCCUUGUACAACUCAUUCAUCCAAAAGUAGGCUGUUCUUGUGUAGAGUUGGUAGAUGAAAUCUAGAUCGGUGUUAAGCGAUUAGAUCUGCAUAUUGAAAGAACAAUAGUCGUAUUCCAUUUUCCUUUUCGUUUUCUAGUAACCAUCAAAGAAAUCUGUGGGUCAUCAAGAACAAAAAAACUUCUCCUACGAAGACAGUCACAUAAAGCAGCACGACCUCAACAAGCAAAAUGACAAGCGGUACAGCAAGGUGGCAAGAGCAGCACGACAACGAUCGUGCACGUGAGCCAUGCCCGGAUAGGAUCGUAGAGGAUCUCGGCGGUGCUUUUGGGAUGGGGUGUAUUGGUGGUUUCCUUUGGCACUUCGUUCGAGGAGCACGAAAUAGUCCAAAGUUAUGAAGCAAUGGGAAUUAUAUAUAUAUAAAUACAAGGGUUGUACUAGUAGUCUACUAGAUAAUAAGUAUCUAGAUAGAUAUGAAUAUUGAAAUAGAAGAGUUCGUUUUGUAGUACUAGAUAAGUGUGCUCUACGGCCAUCAUGAACGAUGGUAACAGGGACAACACAAUGCAUAGAUAAAUGUGCCAACAGUGGUCGUUCGAAAUCGAGAAGAAAUGUUUCGAGCCUAGUACAGUGAGGGUAUAUAUAAGUGAAAGAAGAAGAGCCUUGGUCUAGAAGAAGAGCCUUACAGUCUGCGUUUUCAUUAGAAUCUUCAUCAAUGUUGUUGCAAGAACCGCUCUCUCUCUCUACAUUAGAAUUCUCUCUCCACUGUUGCCCAUUCUCCCCAAGAACGUAACCUCCCUUCAUCCUCUGGCGAGCGACUUGCUGGUGCAUUGUACCAUGGUAAGAUGCGAGCACCGAUUUUAGGUGGAAGCUUCGCAGUGUGGGGUGGUACCUUUGCAACUUGCGACUGUACCCUACAGUACAUCCGACAAACCGAUGAUAGUUGGAACUCAAUCAUGUCGGGCUUUCUGACUGGUGGCGUUUUAGCAUUGAGAACAGGAUGGAAGUCGGCAGGGAAAAGCUUAUGGUCCACCUCUGAAUCAUGUUUCAAUGUACUAGAAAAAGCAUGAGUGAUUAGAAUUAGAUGAAUCAUACUUACUAAAAGCCCAUCUACUUCAAUAAACUCCAUCUCCGACACAUUAGAAAUCAUGAUCAUCCCACACCAUCACCAUUCUAUAGAUACACCUCUUCCUUUCAUCCUCCGCAGUCGUUGGAGGCGUUAUUUUGAGUUGUAUUGAAGGUGUCAGUGCGUUGAUGGCUAGGCAAUUCCAGAAGACUCCUCGGGAACAGAUGCUAGAAUCUUUAGAAUUCGAGAAGCAGCAACAGGAAGCAAUGGAAGCAAAAAGGAGGAUGGAAGAAGCUGGCGAUUCUGGCUCAUCUGGAGGAGGCAUGUUUGGAGGAAGUUCCUUAUGAUUUGAUCAUGUCGUGCAAUUAUAAUGGUUAGUAGAAGUAGAAGUAGAUGGUGAAAAUGCUAAUGUGCUGUUUCUUUUUCUUGAGUAGUAGAGCAUGAUAUUGACGGGUCCUAUUGACGUUGACUCCUACCGACGUUGACUCCUAUCGACGUUGACUCUCUUGAUAAGUAUUCUCAUCGAACGUCGUGAAUCGCGAUACCCAAGUAGAAUAGCAUCACUUUCAUAUCUCUUCGGCAAUGCUGCAUCGCCAUUCCAGUUCGGUGGCGUGUCAUCGAUGAUGGGUGAAUAUCUUGGUGGCGGUGGAAGCGAGCAAGUAGCUAUGGAAGGCAGUGUGAGUGCUGGAGAAGGCUUCGCAGAUUCCACAACGACUUUACUUAAGGCUGAGUUGUGCAACGAUUCAACGAUUCAUCCAGAAGUGUUCAACAGUUUCAUUGGCCUUAGAAUGCAAGAAACUUACUCUCCCCAAGAGAUAGCCUAGAAAACUAUCUUGUAUCUUUAGCCAAGUAGAUAAUUUCAACAGUCAAUAAUAAUAAUGAACAGUUUCCUUUUCAGGAUGCCAAAGAAAUGAAGGGAGGAACUAAAUAGCUUACCAACUGGAAGGGACUGAAUUGUUUUGAGCUCUAACUUACCAACUGGCUUUACAUCAUCCUCUGAUGGGAGCGGUUCUACUUCCAGUACAUUUGAGAAUGGUGGUCUAUUGCCGGAGGGCAUGGCAGCAGCAGCAGCGCACGAUACAUUAAGACAUGGCAUGAUGAGAAGAUGACCUUCUACUUGUACCAAGAUCAUGUUGAUUCUGAGAAAAACAGAGCUGAGAAGAUGAUCAUCAUAGUGUAGCUCCUGUGAGUAGCAGCAUAAUAAAAGUGGAAAGCUAAACUUAUUGAUACUCGCUUCGCGAUAAUUAGCGCUGUGGAAUGUACAACUUGCGCUCUAAAUACCACAGGGGCAUCAAAAGGAGGUAGCUGGCUGAGACUUCCAAGACGAUAGGCAAGAAAACGGGAAUAUUAGUGAUGUUGAGAAGCUAGGAUUUACAUGAUGACUCACAAGAAGAACAUAUAAUUCUGUUCAUGUUGAGAUUGUCAUCGAUCAUGGAUGAAUACCAUAAGCACAGUUCUUGUUGUAACUCUAUAAUUUGGAUGUCAAUAUGCUGGAAAUGAAACAGGGAACAAGGAAAUUAAAAUUAUCGUUUCUUGGCGGGUUCGCAGCGGCGAGCUCUUACAAAUGUGUUGUCCUAGUUGUAUCGUUUAGGUUUAUCAGUUGUCAGUUGUGUCUUUGCAGUGUUAAAGUUUAUCGAAUCGUCCGAAUGAUUGUCCUCUAUUGGUAAAAGCUCCUGUUCUAUUUUUUCAAGCAUCUACGAGUACGACCUCAUGAUUGAUGUUAUUUAUCAACGGCUGCAGGUGAAAAAUACGAAAUUAUAUUGCUGCGUUUUUCAUUCGCCUGCACGAAUCAUGACUCGCAGGUUGUGCUUCAGACACCCUCAGCAAGCACAGCUGAGGAAUUCCAAGAGCCAUCAUGCAAGAUGUUGCAUAAAGAAGAUUCUAAAUGAAUGGCAAACCCCCUAAUAAGUUAUCCCAUGUUCUUCCAAGCCUCCUCACAGACCUUCAACGAUCUACAAGACCACGUUGAGAAUACAGCAAAUAAGAUGAAGCUGG